UGCCUAAAUGCAAAAAUUUUUGAAAGUUUUUUCUGGCAGUUUUUGAAAUAUGACAAAUAUUGAAACUUAUUAAUUAGUAAGUUCCAAUCUAAAUUUCUUGUAUACCUAAUUGUUUAAAAUGUAUUAAUCAAAUAUGAGCGAAAAAAACGAUGUGGAAGAAGAGGAUCAAGAGGAAGUCCCUUCACAUGAAGGCCUUCAAAAAGUCUUCGCACUUACCCACGAAAGGGAAAUUUUAGAAUCGCCAAUUGAUCUCCACCUGCCAAAAGCAACCGCAAUCGAACUUCCUCCAUUGGAAUGGCAUCACAUGGAAGUAGAACCAAAGCGCGUUAAACUUACAAAUUCCGGUCAUACUGUUAUUUAUAGUGCAAAAUGGAUACAAGAUCGGCCGUGUGUUUCUGGUGGUCCUUUCACCGACAACUAUGUUUUUUCACAAUUGCACUUCCAUUGGGGCAACAAUAAUAUGUGUGGCUCAGAGCAUACCAUUUCGGGUGUUUCACAAAUACUUGAAAUGCACAUGGUUUACUUCAAAAGUUGUUAUCAGUCGCAAGAGAGUGCUUCACAACGAAAAGAUGGUAUUGCCAUGAUUGUCUACAUAUUUAAACUUCAAGAUGAAAUAAACGAAAUGUUACAAGUAAUCAUUCAAGCUCUGCCUCUGAUAAAGGAACCACAUAGUUCAACACGUUUGAGAAGUCACGCUCUGGGAAAAUACAUGGCACAAUUCGAAGACGAUUAUUUCCUGUAUGCUGGCAGCAUCAACACUACCACAUGCGUGCACUACGUGCUCUGGUUGAUCAGUCGGGUUCCCAUGGGAGUAUCCAUGGCACAGGUUGAAGGAUUCAGAUUGCUAAUGGGUGCUGAUGGAGCACUUCUCAGUAGGAAUUUCCGUGAUGUACAACCAUUAGUUGACAGAACACUGUAUCAUGUAAAUCCUUCGGGGCAAAUGCAUUCUACACUAAUCAUUAUGCAAAAAGAAGUUGAUACUACUAUACAGCGCACACAUCAGACAAAUAAAUAUCCGCGUUCAUCGCAUGAAUACAGCGAUCCAACAGGCACCACGAUUUAAAAUCAAGUUGCGCUUUGUAAAUGCCUACAUGUCAGAUAAUACAUUUUUGUUUACCAA